AUGGCAUUGACAAUAUCCCAACUAGCCACCACAUUGGGCGCGGACGUGCCAGGCCCGACCAAUCUCAACAGCCUCCACCAUCAUAGCAGCAUCACAAAGGAAUUCGACCCUCUUUUGUUUGAAGCAGCAGCCUCACUGCAACUCCAAUCUCAGCUCAAGCUCCAGAACAGCCAAUCAGAACAGGACUCAACCCACCUCAUUGCAUCUCCAUACAAUGACCCGUCCCAUCUCCUCGACAUCUCAGCCCUAGAUCACCAAGAUCGAAUCUUCGCGCUGGCACUCACAUACCUCAAGCCAAUACGCAAUGAUUAUGCGACAGCUGCAUAUACCGAGUCUUUCAAUUGGGACGAGGUAUUCUCUCUCGUGAAAUCAUUCUCCGAGGCCGAGAACCGACCCUGGAAAGCGCAAUCUUACUACGUCGUGAUAUUCCGCUCGAUCCUUUUACCAGACGCUGAUGGUGAUCGACUCUAUGCUUUGGAUGCGCAUUCCCACCGUGAAGCAAUUGCCUCGGGGGGUCUAUUAAAGUAUUGGUUUGGGUCGAAGAAUGCAGAGAGGAGGAACUUGGCGACUUGUAUCUGGCGCUCGAGGAAUGAUGCUAGACUUGGUGGACGGGGACCUUGGCAUGCGCAGGCUAGAGCUGCGGCUACCGUUAUGUACGAGGAGAUUCUUUUCACGACGUUGAGGUUGAAUAUCCAUGAUGGAGCCGAGGGGUGGGAGUUGAGUGACUGGAAGGACGAGGCCUGA